AUUCUUGAUCGUGAAUAAACCAUACACUUCUUUUAUAUUUUAUUUAUUUAUUUAUUUACUCUUAACUUAUAUAAACAAUAAUGACUAACCUUCCUGUCUUGACCACCUCUAACGGUAACCCUGUUGAAAACGAUCAAACCUCUAUCACUGCUGGACCUUGGGGACCUGUUCUUCUUCAAGACUUCAAUUUGAUCGACAAGCUUUCUCACUUUGAUAGAGAACGUAUCCCUGAACGUGUUGUCCAUGCUAAGGGUGCAGGUGCUCACGGUGAAUUUGUUGUCACACACGAUAUUACUCACCUUACCAAGGCCAAGUUCCUCAGUGAAGUCGGUAAGAAGACUCCUUUGUUUAUCCGUUUCUCUACUGUAGGUGGUGAAAAGGGUAGUGCUGAUACUGCUCGUGACCCUCGUGGUUUCGCUGUUAAGUUCUACACUGAAGAAGGUAACCUUGAUAUUGUCGGUAAUAACACUCCCAUUUUCUUCAUUCGUGAUCCUUCCAAGUUCCCCGACUUUAUCCAUACUCAAAAGAGAAACCCUCGUACCAAUCUUAAGGAUCCUAAUGCUGUUUGGGACUUCUUCUCUAAUGUUCCUGAAUCUAUUCAUCAAGUUACUAUUCUUUACUCCAACCGUGGUACCCCUGAUGGUUACCGUCACAUGCACGGUUUCGGCUCCCACACUUUCAAGAUGGUAAAUGAAAAGGGUGAAUUCAAGUACAUCAAGUGGCACUUCCUUACCAAGCAAGGUAUUAAGAAUUUGAGACCUGAAGAAGCUAAUUUACUCGAAGGUGCCAAUCCCGAUUAUGCCACUCAAGAUUUGUUUGAAGCUAUUGAACGUGGUGAUUACCCCUCUUGGGAUGUCUACAUUCAAGUUAUGGAUCCUAAGGAUGCUCAAACUUACAGAUGGAAUCCCUUCGAUGUUACUAAAGUCUGGCCUCAUAAGGACUAUCCUCUUCAACCUGUUGGUACUUUCACUUUGAACAGAAAUCCUGAAAACUAUUUCGCUGAAGUUGAACAAGCUGCUUUCUCUCCUUCUCACUUGGUCCCUGGUAUUGAUGCUUCCCCUGAUCGUAUGUUGCAAGGUCGUCUCUUCUCUUAUCCUGAUACUCAACGUCAUCGUCUCGGUGUUAACUAUAAGCAAAUUCCUAUUAACCAACCUUUGUGUCCUGUUAACAACUAUCAACGUGAUGGUUUCAUGGCUGUUAACGGUAAUGGUGGUAGAGGCCCCAACUAUGGUCCUAACUCCUUCAAUGGUCCUGCUCAAACCAACAUUGUCAACUCUACUUUCAUUGCUGAAGAAGUUAUGGGUAUGACCGGUAGAUUCACUUAUGAAGUUACUGAUGAUGACUUUGUUCAAGCUGGUAUGCUCUUCCGUCUUUUGAGUGAACAAGAUAAGGAUGACUUGACUAGAACCAUCGCUAAGGACUUCCUCAAGGUUAACCAAGACAUCGUUGAUCGUCAACUCGGUCAUUUCGAACGUGCUGACCCUGAAUAUCGCAGACGUAUUGAAGUUGCCUUGGCCAAGUUGAAGGCACAAAAAGCUUAAAAUAAUUUUUCCUUUUUUAGUCAUUAUUCUUUUUGGAAGAUCAAUUUUAUAUAAAUUCAUAUUUGUAUUUUUAUAUUUAUUUAUUGUAAUAAAAAUAAAAAAAAAUUGUGUGUAAAUAACAGAAA